CCUUGCCUCCAGCCACUGGCAGCCAGUACUCUUCGGUGCUGGUGGGGACGCAGCUCCACACUGUCGCGCCAAAUAAAAGGUCCCUCCCUUUAAUUUAACUGUGACGUUAUUGGCCCCUGAAAGGAUACAUUAGCUUACACGUAAAUGUCAAGGAAGGAGAGGGAUAGGGAGAAGAAUAUGAGGAAGUAAUCGCGCUACUUGAAGAGCUUUUAUUUAAGAGACUCUGCAACUAAAAGAUCUCCAGGAGUGGAGUCGACGUGGAUACAGGAUACAGGAUACAGGAUACAGAAUAACCUCAAGCAGAGAGACAAGCUCCAAGAGGUAACCGGUGCUGUGUCCUGUUACUGCUGUCAAGACCUGGAAUAACAGAGAAAAGAUGGAGAUGGUCUGGAUAGUUCUGUGUCUUCAGCUCCUCCUCUGCCAGACAUGGGCCCUGUCUUCAUACCACCACUUAGACCAUAUGCUCAAUGCUCAAACAGCCCUCAGGUCCUUGGAUGAGCCAAUGAGGUUUGACCCCUGCUGUCUCCUGGCCCCUCCCCCACCCCCACUCUUCCCUCCACCCUCCCUGCUCUGGAAGCGAGGGACUAUGGUUGACUACCCAGUGAAAGAGGGAGGAGGAGGAGGAGAGGAGGAGGAAGAGCAGAGGUAUAAACAUCUGCCUGUGAUCCAUGGAUGUAAACCAGGACCCCAGGGACCCAAGGGACCCCCAGGACCAGAGGGUCCCAGUGGAAUGCCAGGAAUUAGUGGACCAAAGGGAGACAAGGGAGAGAUCGGACGACCAGGGUCAAAGGGUCGUACUGGUCCUCCUGGGUUACCAGGGAGACAGGGACCAGCCGGAUGGCCCGGUCCAGAGGGACCCAAAGGAGAGAAAGGAGAGCUGGGGCUGAUGGGCCUGCCUGGGCUGAGAGGACCACCUGGAACCAAGGGUCUUCCUGGUUAUAAAGGAGAGAAGGGGUCUCGUGGUAAUUCAGGCAUUUUAGGACCAAAGGGCAACAAGGGCUCCGUAGGUCUCUCUGGGAUGUUGGGACAGAAGGGUGCGAUGGGAUCGAAGGGAGACCCAGGAAUUUCAGGAAAGAGAGGACCAACUGGCCGACCUGGGAAGAGAGGACAACAUGGUAUGAAGGGUCAGGGUGGAACCCCAGGUCCAAUGGGUCCUACAGGUCCUGCUGGUCCCUCUGGUCAUCCUGGACCCCCUGGACUACCUGCCUCAGGCCUGUACCUGGUAGGGGAGAAGGGAGAUAAGGGUGUAGCGGGAUCUCCAGGUGUCUGUGACUGUAACACCUACGGUGGUAACACCGCUGUGGGAGUCAACAACCCACACUACGGCAGUUACACACAACGAGGCAACUACCACAGAGUCCCCGUGGUAAAACUCUCUCUCUCUCACACACUGAUUUACACAGGACCUGUCCCCAUCAACUACCACAGAGUCCCCGUGGUAAAACUCUCUCUCUCUCACACACUGAUUUACACAGGACCUGUCCCCAUCAACUACCACAGAGUCCCCGUGGUAAAACUCUCUCUCUCUCACACACUGAUUUACACAGGACCUGUCCCCAUCAACUACCACAGAGUCCCCGUGGUAAAACUCUCUCUCUCUCACACACUGAUUUACACAGGACCUGUCCCCAUCAACUACCACAGAGUCCCCGUGGUAAAACUCUCUCUCUCUCACACACUGAUUUACACAGGACCUGUCCCCAUCAACUACCACAGAGUCCCCGUGGUAAAACUCUCUCUCUCUCACACACUGAUUUACACAGGACCUGUCCCCAUCAACUACCACAGAGUCCCCGUGGUAAAACUCUCUCUCUCUCACACACUGAUUUACACAGGACCUGUCCCCAUCAACUACCACAGAGUCCCCGUGGUAAAACUCUCUCUCUCUCACACACUGAUUUACACAGGACCUGUCCCCAUCAACUACCACAGAGUCCCCGUGGUAAAACUCUCUCUCUCUCACACACUGAUUUACACAGGACCUGUCCCCAUCAACUACCACAGAGUCCCCGUGGUAAAACUCUCUCUCUCUCACACACUGAUUUACACAGGACCUGUCCCCAUCAACUACCACAGAGUCCCCGUGGUAAAACUCUCUCUCUCUCACACACUGAUUUACACAGGACCUGUCCCCAUCAACUUUGACCAUGAAAAAAAAUGUAUUGUAAAAGUAUAGUUAUCAAGUCCCUACGUUUGGGGCAUUUUCAACAUUCCUCUCUUUUCCAGAGCUUUGUGAAUCUCUGUACCUUGAAUCAACACGUUUUCCUGUGUUAUUUCGACUGUCUCUGGUCUCUAUGUAGAUCUUUGUAGUGGACAGUGAGGAGGAGUUGGAUCGUCUCCACACGGUCAAUGCCAUCGCCUUCAGGAAGGACCAGAGGUCUCUCUACUUCAAA